UCCACUUAGUCGAUGGAUUUACCUAUUGCUUUGAAGACGCGCGGGCGUCAGUGAAUGAGGCAUUUAGUGGAUAGUUUGGUGGUGAUUACAAAGUGCAAAUAGGAUGGUUUUUGGGCGGGAAAUGUGGCAAUUUGUGCUUCUGGUGCUGUCCUGUGGUGUCUUUUCGAUGGUAUCGGGUAUUCAGGUGCAUGAGGAUGUGCAGGAAGAUACAACAACAACCACAGCAUUGCCACUGCAAGUACCCAGCAGCCAAGGGACAAAUUUGGCGGGAAACUCUUCAGCAGCAGCUGAACAAGAAAACAACAGCAGCGCAUUGAGAAAUCAAGACAACAUGAGACAGAAUAUUGAAGGAAAUUCAGGCAAAAAUCAAGACAAUACCUCUCAAAAUAACUCAAGCCGUUUUACGCAUCAUAUUCACAUACCAGACACAAAUUCACAACCGAGCAUCCAGCAAUUUGUUCCCUCACCUCAGUUAAACACGUGGAACGAGAAAGUUACAUUGUCUCCUGAGCAUAAUCACUUCCAUCCGCUGAGGCAGGGACCACAGUACAAAGUUCUUCAUGCCAAAGUGAAUCCAGUAUCGUACAAACAUACAAAUAUCUUCAUGCCACCCUCUGCCCAGAAGGGACACUUUGUCUGGGUGCCCUAUUCCGCUGAGACUACCACCGUUCGCAACACAGAACUCCCACCAACAGUCCAGAAUUCCUGGCAUUGGACAUCAAAUCAAGAGAAUAGAAUAGGAGACACUACAGCAACUGCAGGUGGUUUCUCCUACAAUGAUAACAUGAAUUUGUGGCAGGAUUAUAAAAAGAAACCCCUUAGAGACUGGCCGUAUCCCUUUGAAGUCUCAGACUCACCGUUUACGAAUACUUGGACAACAGAGAAAGCUCCCAUGGAGACUACAACACUCGACUUUGAAGAUACUCAGUCAAAGUCUAAAUCCCAUCAACCGAGUAUUUUUUCAUCAAAGAAUAAAUCUCCGUGGAAGAAGUUGGCUCAUAUUUUAACAGCAGCAAUUCCAAUUGGCCUCCUCAUUUCCGCUCUUACACCUCACGUUGUCUACGUGAGUCCCAACAAUACGUAUCCACCCUCAGUCAAUCCCUCACUCAACAUCUUCCCCGGGAGGUUGAGAUCUUUGGAUAACCAAGAAGGGAAGAAUCUUCCCAGCAUCCCGGAAGAAGCGCGAAAAAUGAAGAAUCCUCUUAUGGACUUUAUCAGCAUGUUCUCAGAAGCCAACAAUGAUGUUGGGGUCAAUUGUGAGAACCGUGUCUUUUGCGAAUUAUCCAGAAUGGGAGCCUACAAAGAUUCAGAUGUCCUGCAGAAGAUGCUAUGGAGAAUAGCAAAUGAAACACCCGACACGGUAGCCAAGAAGACGGGCUUAAUUGCGAUUUUCAGGGCAAUUAGAGAGAAUAAAUGUGCAAUCUUUCACUGCAAUAUGCACACCUCAACAUUGUCCCUGCAGAAUGCUGGCCAUCAGUAGAAACACCAGGAAAAUUGAUUGUAUCAUCAUUAAUCAUGAUUGCAAAUAGUAUGAUGGACAACUUUCCUCAAAGUAUCGAACAAUUAAUGCUACUGUCCAGGUGGAAUUCUCUGGUGAUGCACUGGAUGGUGAGGCGAGAUAAUGAGUGAGAUGAUAGAGCGAGAUAAAAUAAAGCAUCACCUAAAUUAUCA